AUGAAUUCGCUCGUCGUAAUUGCAAUGUUUGCCCUGAUUGGGUUUACAUUUACAUCAGCAUCUGUCAUAGAUCGAAGUGAUAACGAAAUACCAGAAUCAAUGGAAGAAUCCGCAGAAGGCGUUAAAAGCGAAAUAAGUUGUUCAUGGCGACGAAUGGCUGGUCAGUGUUGCCAAUCUCUGAGAAUUUUCAAACAAAAAGUAACAAUUUGUUUGGGCAUCAGAAUUUCAUCUGCAACUUCUGCUAGACUGUACCUGAGAAUCAACGGUAGAACCAUCUGGUCCAGGCGUAUGGAUCUCAAUGUCAGAUCUUCCCAAGUUGUUAGCGACUCUGUAUCUAAAGCCUCCUCUGAGACUGUAUCUGAAUCACAGGGCUCAAUGCCGACAUCAUCUGUCAUAGAUCGAAGUGAUAACGAAAUACCAGAAUCAGUGGAAGUUUACAGAAGCAGUCUUGAAAGUAUGCUUCGAAACGUCUCUAAACUAAUCGCAGAGAAUGCUGACUUCGAUGAGAAUAUGGAUAUUGACAGCUUUGAUCAGGAAAAUAUGUUCGAUGAUGAACAGUUUCAAUUUUUAUCAGAAGACGCAGAAGAAGAAGAGGUUGAAGAUAACAUUUCAAAUAUCGAUGAUUUACAAUCCGCAGAAGGCGUUAAAAGCGGAAUACGUUGUUCAUGGCGACGAACAGCUGGUCGUUGCUGCCAAUCUCUGAAAAUUUUCAGACGAAGAGUAUCAAUUUGUUUGGGCAUCAGAAUUUCAUCUGCAACUUCUGCUAGACUGUACCUGAGAAUCAACGGUAGAACCAUCUGGUCCAGGCGUAUGGCCGAUAGAAUACGCCAGGAUGAAUUGGUUACCCUUUCGGUUUCCUUUUUGCAUAUCACUUGCUUACCUGUUUUGUUGUUUAUAAUUGCAACACCCAGAAGAAUUCACCUGUGGUAA